AUGGAUACCUCAUCACCAGAUGAUUAUGAUCCUUAUGAAACUGAUCUGGAUGAAGCCUAUGUCCGUUACUUUCAACAGGAGGAUGGUUCACCAGUCGACCCAGUUGGUCCUAGCUCUCCAAAAAGACCCAGGGUUACAGAGGAAGUACAGUGCAUUGACCCCACUGACCAACCAUCGACGUCAGGUCUGCAAUCUUCCAGAGGGCAGCGAGGAAGUCGCAGAAAGCGGAGAGGGCGUGGUCGUGGACAAUCCUGGAUAGACGGUUUCCAAUCAGACACCUCAUCUUCGCUUCCCGAAGGAGAAACUACAAACACAGGAAGAGCCAAGGGAAGAGGGAAAGGGAGAGGCGAAUCCAGGGGGAGAGGAGGUCGAGGUACCAGAAGUAGAGGCGGAGCAAGAGGAGGAGCUAAAGGGAGAGGAGGAGCUAAAGGGAGAGGAGGAGCCAGAGGGAGAGGCGUGACCAGAAGUCGAAGCAGGGGAAGAGGCAGAGGUGGUGCUAGGGGCAGCGCAGGAGUUGCCUCCCGAGCAGAAGUAGAGGGAGACGUGGAAAGAAUUCAAGCGCUUCGUGAAGCGAGAAAGCGAAAACUCAAAGAGGACAUAUCGAGGAUGUCUAGAGAGGAAAUCGAAUCAUUGCUCUAUAAAACAAUACAACGAAGACCAGGCAUGUUGUUUGAUCUCAUGAUGCAACCCCCCGAUGACAACAUCCCAAAUGGAGAGAAUGUGCCUUGGUGCACUUGUGGCAGAUGUAUAGACAUGCCCACCGAUGCUGAAAGGUUGUGUUGUGGGAGAAACCCCCAGGACUGCACCAGCCAGCAUGCCGUCUUUGAACUGAUUAUUGAUGAGGCAGCAUUAUUGAUCCAAAGGGCAAUGUGGAUUGACUUGUAUAAUCUAGAAGAUGAUCCUCAGGAACCAGGAGAAGAAAACCGGGCCAUGAGACAUGCUGCCUACCGGAGUUUUGUAUUUUGGCAACAUGGACGAUUAGGGCAAGGAAACAGACGGGUCAUCCCCAGCUGUUGUGUGACCAAGAUACGGUCUCUUUACCCUAGUUUAAAUGGAUUGUAUACUGGUUAUCUUCCUGGAAGAUUUGUGUAG